AUGGUCAUUGUAGACGUAAACUCGAUUUAGGCCGACUUGACGUGUCUUCAAGUAGUCGAUUUGACGUAGCGCGUUCCGCUUUUUUCGCCCGAACGAUUUUGCAAUUCUUCCGCCUUUGCUAUCUCGAGAAAGAAAGAGAGAGAGAGAGAGAGAGAGAGAAAAGGAGACCCGUUACCACAGGACCCCCGUUCCCGUUUCGUUGACGCUACGAUUGACAGUUAACCGAACCGACCAGACACCCAGGUAGACGAUAGGCGAAUUAGAAACGACACACAGACGACGACGAGGUCGUGGACGUGGAUGUGGGACGUGAAGCGAUAGACGAAGUGGGCGGUAUCGAUGGUGGUUUGUGAUUAGGGAAGACGUGUGUCACGCAUGAAUGUCACCGCGAUUUAUCGAGCAAGCGUCGUCUAUACGCAUACUGUACGUUUUUUCCUAUCGCGAAAAAAAAAAAACACACGUCUUCUCGUCACGUUCUUCGCUCGAGAGAGUUUUGCGCGAAUUUCGCAAAUUUUUCGAUCGAGUCGUUUUUUUUUGUCGCGCGCCGCGAGCUAUGUGUGUUAAGUUUCCGGCGGAAUCGCGGAACGCGUUGCGCGAUCGAUUUGUAUAUAACCAACCCACCCUCAUUUUUCAACGAUCUCUCCACAGGUAAAUCUCGUCAUAGCCGCGUCGAAAGAACGAGGAUCGAUUAUUGUGCGUGAUCUAACCUAACCUCGGAGGCGUAAACUCGCCGCUGCGACUCCGCCACCGCCGAGGAAUUCCAUCGUGACGUUCUUCAAACAUUGCCUUGACAAACACGCGAUUCGUUCGAGAUGGUCACCCCGCAGACUCCAGGUGGAUCUUCAUUGUAUGGAUCCCUGGGUUAUUCAGCCCAGAGAAAGAAUAAGAUAUCAGGAACAAUUUGAUUCCUUGAAGCCCAUCAAUGGGAUAGUCACCGGUGAACAGGUUAAAGGAUUUCUCCUAAGAUCACAACUUCAGCCUCCUGUUCUCGGACAGAUAUGGUCAUUGUCAGAUACAGAUGCGGACGGAAAGAUGGAUAUAAAUGAGUUUAGUAUCGCCUGCAAGUUAAUCAAUUUAAAGUUACGCGGUUUUGAAAUUCCCAAAGUGCUACCACCUGUUCUUGUACAAAGCUUGAAGUCCUUCUCAGCAGGUGAUCCUGGUCUUGGUGGAUUAGCAAAUGGUUCAACCGGUCCUUCACCAAAUAACAUUGGCUCUCUAGUAAAUUUAAGUGGACAUCAACAAAUGAUAUCUCAACCUGUAGCAAGUGUAGUAUCUACAGUCGGAAGUACAUCGCAGCCCCUUAUAGCAUUACAACAAAAUAGACAGAUUGUGGCUCCAAGUACACAUGCCACAACUCAUACACCACCGUCUAAACCACCCGCCCGACCCGCGCCACCUUCUGUGGGAAUUGCACCUCCUAUCAGUACUACAACUGGUGGUCCCCCACCGCAAAGACCCGCACCGCCAGCAAAUAUUGGAAGUAAUUUUACAUCUACAACAAGUGGUCAGCCACCAAAACCAGCACCACCUUCAUUUCCAAAUAGUCCUGUAGGAAUUUCACCAAUGAAAGUUCCUGGUCCUGUUGUUGGUGCACCAGUCGUUCCUUCAGUUCCGUCUAUACCUGCUUCUGGCAUAGUAGGUGGUAUUCCACCAGUUGCGCCGGUAGCACCAGUAGCAUCAAUUGUUCCGUUAAACACAAAUCCUGUGCCGAUGGCUGCCUUUAAUAUGCCACAACCAUUGCCGACACAGCCAUUAGGAAUGGUCAGUGCGGGUAUGGUCGCUCCGAUACCCGGCAUUCCUAGUAUGAUACCAUCUGGUAUCGGAUCGAUAAAUACUGGCACUGGAGUAGCUUCUUCUGUUGCGUUACCAUUAGUAUCUUCGACAACUGCAAACGGCACGCUGGUUAAUGGCGCCAUUACACAAACGCCAGUGUCUACGAACACACCUUUGAGCACAACAGCUCGUCCACCAAGUAUAGACAGAGUAGGCUCCGUGGAUUCGCAGCACAGCCAACAUUCUGUUGGUUCGCCGCAAGAAUGGGCAGUGCCGCAUCAGACGAAGUUAAAGUAUACUCAGUUAUUUAAUACUUGGGACAGAACGAGAUCUGGUUUUCUAUCCGGACCACAAGCGAGAAACAUCAUGGUGCAGUCACAGUUGCCGCAAGCUGUGCUAGCUCAAAUAUGGGCUCUAGCCGAUAUGGAUUUGGACGGACGCUUAGGUUCGGAGGAAUUUGUUCUCGCGAUGCAUCUCUGUGACAUUGCUAAACUCGGCGAGAAAAUACCUACGACGCUUCCACUGGAACUCAUUCCACCGUCGUUUAGACGGCAACGUCAGAGCAGUCUGACGUUGUCUCAAAACGCAACGGAAAAUAUCGAUCCACUGGCGGGCAUGCCACAGACUUCAUUUGAAGAUAAACGUAAAGAGAACUUCGAGAAAGGUCAAGCGGAAUUGGAGCGUAGGCGUAAAGCGUUAUUAGAGAUUCAGAGAAAAGAACAAGAAGAGCGAGAGCGCAAAGAGAGAGAAGAAGCUGAGAAACAAGAGAAAAUAAGACUGGAACAGGAGAGGCGUAGACAAGCGGAAAUCGAGAAGCAAAUGCAGAGACAAAAGGAAAUCGAACAGGAGAAAGAAGAGCAGCGGAAACGCGCGCAAGAGCAAAAAGAAGCGGCACGCAAAGAAAUGGAGAGACAACGACAAUUAGAAUGGGAACGUCAGAAGUCGCAAGAAUUGCAGGCGCAGAGGCAAAAGGAGCAAGACGUUCUUCUCAAGUUGAAAGCUAAGAAUCAGACACUAACCAUUGAACUCGGAACACUUAAUGAAAAAGUGAAAGAAUUGUCACAAAAGAUUUGCGAUACUCGGGUAGGAGUGUCGGGCGUCAAGACCACUAUCGACGGCAUGAGGUCAACGAGAGACCAGCAAUUGCAAGAAAUGUCCGCGCUGAAAAAUAAACUACGGGAACAAAAUCAGAGAUUGCUGGCGCUGAGUCAAGAGAAAGCGCGUAUCGAGGCGAGAAAUAAGAUCAACGCGGUCCAAGAUGCCGCUGGACAAGAGGCUAUCAAGAUGGCUUUUGACAAUAAACAAAUUACUCUUAAGCAACUAAAAGACAAAAUUGCAGAUUUACAACAGCAGAUCGAUGCGAAAAUGUCCGAUAUCGAGAACAAUAAUUCUCAACUCGAAGAAAUUAAGACGCAAAUAAAGAAUCUGGUAACGGACUGCAAGCAGCUUUAUGUUACGUUCGAUGAAAAGAAGAAGCAGGUGCUCGAACUGCGAGCGAACAGCGGAAACGUCUCGGCUGCCGAUUUCGCCACAUCCGCGUGGGGCGAUAACGCUUGGGACAACGCGCCCUCUGUACCCAGCGACACAGCUUGGCCCGUCGAUGAUACCAGUGUGACGAACGAGGAGGAGGUUGUUCCGGGUGUUCGUAAAUACCGAGCUCUUUACGAAUUCGUGGCUCGGAAUCAGGACGAGAUAUCAUUUCAACCUGGUGACAUUAUAUUGGUGCCACCAGUGCAAAACGCCGAGCCGGGCUGGAUGGCGGGCGAAAUUCGGGGCCACACCGGUUGGUUUCCCGAAUCUUACGUCGAGCCAGUGGAUACUGGCACAGCCUUAGACAACGAACGCGCUUUCAUACAGCAGGACAGCGUAGAGAAACGAACAUUAGAGGGAAUAGCGGAAGUUCCCGAGAACGUAUCCGAUGCGGGAUCGUUAGGAGGAGAACCUCCCGUAGUGGAAGCUAUUAUACCAACUUUAGGAUUAGGCACAUCUUGCGACGUGCAAGCCACCGCUUUGUUUCCAUAUCGACCUACUAUGGAGCAACAUCUUUCCUUCGAAAAAGGGGAGACUAUUUAUGUUUCGGAGCAGCAGACUGACUGGUGGUACGGCUCGACCAGUAGUGGCAGUAAGGGUUGGUUCCCCAGGUCGUACGUGAAAGAGAUAGCUGCAAACAGUACGGAUGUUGCAGAUGACGGUCUUAAUGAAUAUUAUAUCGCGCUUUAUCGAUACGAGUCUACCGAAUCCGGCGAUCUCAACUUCAAUCAAGGAGAAGUUAUGUUAGUUACGAAGAAGGAUGGAGAUUGGUGGACUGGUUGUAUAGGGGACAGGACUGGAAUCUUCCCAUCUAAUUACGUAGAGAAAUAUGAUGCCGCUACUGAGGGUGCGCCUUUGUCUACUAACGUUAACGAAUCUAGUUCCGCUGUUGCCGAAACUGUUGCGGAAACGACAAGUGCGCCAGAGACCGUAGAAACAAAACCGGAGAAAACGGCCGAACAGCUGGAAGAUGAGAGACAAGCCGCUGAGGAUAGAGCGGAAUUACCAGACUUCGCUGCUAUGGCAGCUCAGCAGUAUCACAAGCGAGGAAGGAAACCAGAAAUCGUUCAAGUUAUCGCGCCUUAUCAGGCAACUAGUGCGGAACAAUUAGAUCUGCAAAGAGGACAAUUAAUCAUGAUUCGCAAAAAGACCGACAGCGGAUGGUGGGAAGGAGAGCUUCAGGCACGCGGUAAAAAGAGACAGAUCGGUUGGUUCCCAGCCACUUACGUUAAACCUUUAACCAGUAGUAGUAACAGAAGUACACCCGUUUCUCACGGAUAUCAGGACUCUCCGACGGAUCCGAAUGUCGAACGCGUUAUGGCUUUGUAUCCCUAUCAAGCACAAAACGAAGACGAAUUAAGCUUUGAAAAAGGUGAUGUCAUAAUAGUACUUUCUAAGGAAGAAGCUUCGUGGUGGAGAGGCGAAUUGAAUGGCGUAUCCGGCGUCUUCCCAAGCAACUACGCAUCACCCAUGUCAAGUGAAUCGAUGAUCGAUACAAUGAUGAGUCUCAGUCCCAAGGAAAAAAAACGCCAGGAACAUAUCAAAGAGCUAAUUGUGACUGAACAAGCCUAUAUAGAAGACAUGAGACUAGUCCAUGAGGUGUUUGAGAAACCGUUAAUUGAAAGUUUAGUCUUGAGUGUUGAUGAGGUAGAAAAAAUAUUUAUUAAUUGGAGAGAUAUCAUUGCCUGUAACGACAACUUUUUGAGGACUUUAAGAAUAAGAAGAGACAACAGCUGCGGCGGAGUUGUCAGGAUGAUUGGCGAUGUGCUGUGCGAAAAUAUUCCUAGGAUGUCGGCUUACAUAAGAUUUUGCAGCAGCCAAAUAUCCGCUGCGACCUAUCUUCAGCGUCUGACGGAAACUUCGCCGGAAUUUGUACAAGUUGCGCAAGUGUGUCAGCAAGAUCCGCGAACCAAGGGAAUGCCUCUGAGCUCGUUCCUGAUUAAACCGAUGCAGAGGAUAACAAAGUACCCGCUGAUCAUUAGCAAGAUCUUAGAGUAUACACCACACGAUCAUCCCGACAGACAGUACUUGCAAGAAGCGUUGUCCAAGUCCGAGGAGUUUUGCACUCAGGUAAAUGAGGGAGUUCGAGAGAAAGAAAAUAGCGACAGAUUGGAAUGGUUGCAAACUCACGUGAUAUGCGACGGUCUUGAGGAACAACUCAUUUUCAAUUCAUUGACAAAUUCUUUGGGGCCGCGAAAGCUCUUGCAUUACGGUAUACUUCACAAGGCAAAAAGUGGCAAAGAACUCGUCGGCUUUCUGACGAACGAUUUCCUACUGUUUGUUCAACCGUUGAAGUCCCUCAACUGUCAACAGUUCUCGUUCGAUCGUCACGAACACCAAAAGUUCAAGAUGUACAGAAAGCCGAUAUUUCUCAGCGAAUUGUCGUUGCUCGAGAGCGACGGUAACAGUAGUAUGAGCGGAAAUGACACUUCGGACAAUUCGUCGAAAAUAUUAAGACUGAGAGAUCAGAAGAAGCCGAUAAUAUUGUCGGCACCGUCUCCGACUGAAUGCUCCUUGUGGUCGAAACGAAUCGCAGAAGCGCGACGAACGUUUUUAGAAAACGAGAAGAGUUGUCUGCAGAGACAGCGAUCGAAACAGGCGCAAUUUGGGGCGUGCGGAAGAAUUCUCGUCACUGUGCUCGAAGGUUUCAACUUGAAAGUCCCACCUGUGCGCUGGAGACGUCCUCAAGGUAGGCUAGGACUAAUAGUUGUGGAAGCUGAAGAUCUAAUCGAUACCAAGAAAGGAAAGUGCAAUACAUUCUGCAAAGUGUCUAUGGGCUCUCAAGAGGAAAGAACCUGUAUUGUGUCUGGAACCGAUUGUCCUUUGUGGGACGCUUCGAUGCAAUUCCAAGUAAAGGAUCUGCUCGAGGACACUCUUUGCAUAACCGUGUUCGAUAAAGGAUACUACAGUCCCGAUGAGUUUCUUGGUCGCGCUGAGGUCAGAGUGGCCGAUAUAAUGAGAGACAGUAAGGACACUUGCGGACCGAUUCAGAAGAGGAUUAAGUUGCAUGAAGUCGAAAGCGGCGAUGUCGUUCUGAAGCUCGACCUUCGACUGUUUGGUAACGGGCGAGAGCUUCUUGGAACGCCUAGGCAUGUUCAGCUCCGUGUUCGCGCCGGUGGCAUCGUGACUCUCCGUGUCUCCCGAGGGAAACUCGUAAAUCGGUUUGAAGCCGCCGAAGAGCUGCGGCUUGAAAUUCUCAGGAUCGAACUCCUUCUCGGUCUGGGUUUCGACGUCUGAGCUGGCCGCUUCAUCGCUAUCGCCGUCCUUUUUUCUCUCCGCUCCCUCGGGCGGGUCGACAACGACGACGCUCCAACCGUUUCUGCUGGGCGCCUCGG